UAGGGAUAAUACCAAUAUUUGGUCGGAGACCAAAACAAAAAAGGAAUAAGAAAAAAGACCUUGGAAGAUAUCGAGAUCGCAGAAAUUAAAAUAAGUAUAAACAGAAAACUAUUUAAAAUUUGUGACUGUUAAAACUGUAUGUUUAAACGUACAACGAUACACGGCAAAAAUCUCGAACAGAAGAAGGUUAUAAUUUAUAUCCGUCUCUUCAUUUUACGAUGUAGCUAUGAAGAAAAAGUUUCUGCGUAUCCAAAAUAGAUUAUCUACCGUAUAUAACGGAGCAUCGAUCCGGCGCGAUAUUUUCACGUCAUUAUAGACCGAUGCUAACCAGUGGAAACGAAAUUAAGAUACGAAAUAAUGACGUGGAUCAUCGACGAUCAUCGCGAAACGUUAUUUGUUCGCAGUUCUGGAUUUAUAACGAAACAUGUCAAUACACGACGGAGAACUUUCGAAUUGUCUCGUGACUCGAAGUAUCGAAACCAUGCCCGACGAAACACACCAGUCCAUUCUAUCGUUUUACAGAGUAAUCGUACGGAUAUACUGGAGUGCUUGUCAGUUUUGAUUAAUGAAAAUAACACUGGAAAUGGUCGAUCAGAAGAUUUAAUGUUGGACGAACAACUAUUGGAUGGUACAACAUUAACAGCUGUAACAUUACCCGAUGGAACACAAGCAUUCGUUGCAAAUAAUUUUAACGAUAAUGAAGCAGAACAAAAAGGACCGACAACGUUAGAAUUACAAAGCGGAGAUACUAUAUUAUUGCGAGAUAUAUCAGAAUUUAUGGAAGAUAAACCAUUCCGUUUCGAAUUAGAUCCAGCUGCACUGGUCCAAGCAGCUCAUGGCACUACCAUAGAAAACGUUGAGAAUGCUUAUCCACGAGUAGAGUUGAUCGAUGGAGCUGCUUACGUGGUGACAAGCCAUGUCGACGUUGGUAAAGAUUUGUGGGAAAUAGAGAAUGGCAAAUUGAAGAAAAAAGAAUCGAAGAUUUUAUUAAAUAAAUUGUCCGCAUCAAGGAUCAGACACCCUUGCCCGAGAGAGGGAUGUUCAAAAGUUUACAGUACACCUCAUCAUUUGAAGGUACAUGAACGAUCUCAUACCGGUCAGCGACCAUACAGAUGCACGCAUCCCAAAUGUAAGAAGAGUUUCUCGACAGGGUACAGUUUGAAAGCACAUUUGCGUACGCAUACAGGAGAAAAACCGUACAAAUGUUCGACCGAAGCGUGCGAUAAAAGUUUCAAGACUUCCGGUGAUUUGUUAAAACACGUCCGCACACACACCGGAGAACGACCAUUUCUUUGUCCAUUCGAUGGCUGCGGUCGUUCUUUUACUACCAGUAAUAUCAGAAAGGUUCACGUUAGAACGCAUACCGGUGAACGUCCAUACAAAUGUACGCAACCUAAAUGCGGAAAAGCCUUCGCUAGCGCGACGAAUUAUAAAAAUCAUAUACGAAUUCAUUCAGGCGAGAAACCUUAUGUCUGUUCGAUUGAAAAUUGUGGAAGGAGAUUCACGGAAUACUCUAGUCUAUAUAAACAUCACCUUGUUCACACGCAACAACGACCGUUCGAAUGCAAAGUUUGCUUCAGGAGGUACAGACAAAGCAGUACUCUUGUAAUGCAUAAACGAACAGCUCACGCUUUAGUCGAUCACGAGGACAACGUUGAGGACACGUUUUGUCAACAGUCUGUUCAAGAAUCUUCUAUUCGGUGUAACGAUAAGCGAAAGACAAGCGUUGCAGAGGAAAGUGACGGCAGUCCGCCGUUAAAGAAGAUCGAGCUGAACGGUGGAUUCGACGAGCCUGGGAUCGAUACUUCAUUCGAAGAACUCAACAUAAAGAUCGAGGACAUUGAACUUGGAUGGAAUUGAUACGUGGUUUUAAAAACACAUUGUACUCGAAUCACGCUAAACGUUGAAAGACCAGUUGUUUCACGCAGGGUGCACGAUUAUUACAUGUAUUCUUUUUACCUUUUCAUUUUCUAUUCAGCCGGCACAGAUUAAUUUCAGCAUCGCGAAUCGAGGAUAAUUAAGACACACCGAAUUAUCAGAAAUAAUUAAGAAAGGAUUUAUUUUGCUCGUAAAUACAAAGGAAUCGUUCUAUUAAAUUGGUAUUAAAAAAAGAAAAAUGUAUCCUGAAGAAACAUUUCAUAAUCACUGUUCAGUAAAUAAAUAAGAUUGUAAUUUUC